AGAUAUAAUUACGAAAGUUAUUUUAAUUUAAAUUAAAAUAAAAUUCUGAUCGUAUUUGCUAUGAUACAUUACUACCAACAGUAAUACAUCAAUUUCAUAUUAAAACAAAAUGUAGAAUUAAGUACAUGCAUAUGUAGGGUAAUAUGUAUCGAUAGUUUGCAGUUGUAACUCGGACGAUGUCCUCAUUUCGUUUUUAUUUAUAUACCUUUUAUGGAAAGAUCGAUUUAUGUUAUUAACGUCAACAUACAAACUAUCAAUGCAAAGAAGUAAUAAUAUUUAUGCAAUCUUCCCGCAUUAUAUUUCAAACGGAUAAGAUUGUGUUAAAUUUUUGUUAAAAAUAAUUAAAGAAAAGUCGAAUUUUAUUUAAAGUUAUUUGAAAUUGCUACGUCGACCUUGGUAGCACUGGGCCAAUCGGCGCCAUUUUUUCGUGUAUGCAUAUGUCGGCUGUUCUUGAUGUAACAGCGAAUUAUUACACUUCGUUACAAUGCACAGAAAAGUAAUACAGUAAGGUAUUUUACGAGUUUAUCAAUAUCAAACGAUACUUCUUUAUAUUCUUUAAAUAAAUAGUGUUCCAGUUGUGCAGCGUUCCAAAUUGUUACGCGCGAAUCUUUUGAAAAUCGCGUACGUGGGCAACAGGUGGCAAUGUCUAAUUUCGCACAUGUUUCGCGUUUGUGAGUCAGUUAUAUAUUUGAAAUAUUAAUCUUAGUUGGAUUAUAUUUUGUGCGAAGUAAAGAGAGGCGUAUUGCAGUGAACGCAUUAAAUCGAUACAUUUUUUACGUGCUCGUCGUACGUUUAAGAUAUAUUAAUUGUUUAUAUAGAGAAAGUAUCUAGGAAAAAAAUAUAUAAAAAAUGGAUUAUGAUUACUUGAUCAAGUUUUUGGCUCUUGGGAAUUCUGGAGUUGGAAAAACUAGUUUUCUGUAUCAGUAUACCGACGGUACUUUCAAUUCACGUUUUGUUUCUACAGUUGGAAUUGAUUUUAAAGAAAAGAGAGUAAUAUAUCAGAUGCCUGAUGGAAGUAGCCAAAGAGUACAUUUGCAGCUUUGGGAUACGGCGGGUCAAGAAAGGUUUCGAAGUUUAACCACGGCUUUUUACCGGGAUUCUAUGGGUUUCCUAUUAAUUUUUGAUCUGACCAAUGAGCUCUCCUUUCUUGAAGUUAGAAAUUGGCUGGAACAGCUUAGGAUGCAUGCGUAUUGUGAAAAUCCAGAUAUAAUUCUCUGUGGUAAUAAAUCUGAUCUUGAGGACAAGAGAGUUAUUAGCGAGUAUAAAGCACGUGAUCUAGCAGAAAAACAUGGCUUGGUAUAUUUGGAAACUAGCGCUGCUACUGGACAAAAUGUUGAACGUGCAGUAGAAAUUCUGUUAGAUCGUGUUAUGCGCAGAAUGGAAGUUACAGUAGAUAAGUCGUUGCUACCACAUCAAAAGGUUUUGAAGUGUCACGAGCGUGAGACACCACCUCCUAGUAGUUCUUGUUAUUGCUGACAGUGUGAUUUUGCAUAGACAGUCAGAUAGUUUGACUGCUAUUGCAAUUGGAGGUCUCAGGGGAAAAAAUAUUUCCUUUAUUCUCAUAGGCUAACAGACCGACAUUUAACUUAAUUACGAGUCAUUCAAUUCUGGGUAAAAAAGGUUGUGACAAAGGCAUUUAUUCAGAAUUUUUUCUGAAAUUUAUCAGGUAUGUCUCGAGUUGUGAAUAUUAAUAUCAAUAUUCUAAGCUAUUGCUUCCUACAAUGUACAAUCCCAUUGUCUUCCAUGUUUCUUCCUUGUCAUAUCAAUUUAUCUCUUCCUUUAUCAUAUCAUUAUAAUAUGUAUUAUCAUUAUCAUAUAUACAUAUCAUAUAUAUAUAUAUAUAUAUAUAUAUAUAUAUAUAUAUAUAUAUAUUUGUUCUUAAAUGAAUCUUUAUGGUACAUUUUUCAUUCCUGCUUCCUUGAUAUCUUUUCCUUGAAAUCUUUAAAAAUAAUGAUUUAACUUAUACCUCCAUCAUAAUAAUAUGCACAAAGUGUUCAAAAAGUCAAUCUUUCAAUGUGUCAAAAGUGUGAUAUAACUAUUUCAAAGAAAUUUUCAAAUUUACGAAUCUUCAUAUAUGACUAAAUGUUUUUAAUGCUGUUAUUGUAUGAUAUUUAUUUAAAAUUAUUCAAUAUAAUCGUAAGUAACACGUUCAAUACAAUCAAUAAUAUCAUACAAUAUGCAUGAAGUACUUGUGAUAUUUAUACAGAUUUAAUAUCUUGUUCGAAUUAAUAUAAAUAACGAUAUCGCGUUUGGAAAUUAUGAGAAAUUACGUUAUUAAUGUAAUGGAAGCAAGAUUAUAUACUUAUACUAUAUAUAUAUAUAUAUCUCUCUCUCGUACAAUGUAUUUCUUUGUCAACAAUUUCUUUAUAAUCUUAAACUCGAUCAGUUUGAUCAAAUAUGUUCUAAAAUUGACAAAUAUACAUAGGUACAUUAAUCCUUCCUUUGUUCGCGUAUACAUAACAAAAUCAAGCACGAAGCGUGGUAUUUGGGAGGAGAAAUAUAGCGUGGAAAAUAUCAUAGACGUCGGGAAACGAAACGAAGUUUCGUUAAUUGCCAUGGGGCGAAGAAUAUACCGGAUGUUACCGUUAGAAACUGUCGUCAGUACAACGUCUUAAUUAUUAGUUAGCUAUUUAUAUACUUGGUUUGUCUCCUCAAUUGAGAUCUUCCAUUUUAUUUAUUUACAAAGAAAAGUUUUCUUUAAAUUCUAUCGAUGAAUUUCAUUUUCAGCUAAUGUAUCAUACGAUCAUUCGUCUCAUCAGCGAACGUUAAAAGUGAUUUUUCACUUGCGCUUGAAACUUAUUAUUUUUUCUUUGAUCGCAUUGUCACGAGCAAUAAGAUAAAUCCAUUAUUAGCGCGAUGUCAUGGUGUUCAUUUACGUUAUAAAAAUACAUAUCCUUGAAGAUUUUAGAAAAA